AUGUCGGACGUUCAGGAACGCCUCAAGAAGCUCGGCGCCUCCGCGCGUAUCGGUAUCGGCAAGGGCACUCCCCGCCGCAAGAUGAAGCGUGCGCCCGCGCGCUCCGCCGCCGACGACAAGAAGCUCCAGGCUGCCCUGAAGAAGCUCAACGUCCAGCCCAUCCAGGCCAUUGAGGAGGUCAACAUGUUCAAGUCUGACGGCAACGUCAUCCACUUUGCUGCUCCCAAGGUUCACGCUGCCGUCCCCGCCAACACCUUCGCCAUCUACGGCAACGGUGAGGACAAGGAGCUCACCGAGCUCGUCCCCGGCAUCCUCAACCAGCUUGGCCCCGACUCCCUCGCCUCGCUCCGCAAGCUCGCCGAGAGCUACCAGAACAUGCAGAAGGAGGGCAAGGAUGGUGAGGAGGACGACAUCCCCGACCUGGUCGAGGGUGAGAACUUUGAGAGCAAGGUCGAGUAA